CAUGCAGUUCGCUGUUUUGUCAUUGGUCAGCUGACAAAAAGUGGGCGGUUCCCGGAAAAAUCGCUAACCGGAAGAGAAGGCCAGAGCAGAAGAAGAAGACGGCCAAAAAGAUAGCUGCUGCCGCCGCUGAUGAGACCAGCGAAAGGAUAGUAUUCUUCCACUGGUGAGGACUCUUCUUUCUCUGGCUCAUCUACCUGAACUUGCCUGUAUCUGUCUCAGGCCUCACCAGCCUCACCACCAAGUCUAAAGUCACCUGGACAUCCUCCUUCUUCUCCCGACUCCUUCUCCUUCCAACACUGCACCAUGGCAGGGCGAGGUGGACCAGCACGGACCAACGGCACUGCAGCAAGCAACAAAAUCUGCCAGUUUAAGCUAGUGCUGCUGGGGGAAUCGGCGGUGGGAAAGUCCAGCUUAGUGUUGCGCUUUGUCAAAGGCCAGUUCCACGAAUAUCAGGAGAGUACCAUUGGAGCUGCCUUUCUUACACAGACGGUAUGUCUGGAUGAUACAACUGUGAAAUUUGAGAUUUGGGACACCGCUGGACAGGAACGGUAUCACAGUUUGGCACCCAUGUACUACAGGGGAGCCCAGGCCGCCAUCGUGGUCUAUGAUAUCACCAACACAGAUACAUUCACACGCGCAAAGAACUGGGUGAAGGAACUUCAGCGACAAGCCAGUCCGAACAUUGUUAUUGCUCUGGCAGGAAAUAAAGCAGACCUGUCCAAUAAGAGAAAUGUAGAUUUCCAGGAAGCACAAACAUAUGCAGAUGACAACAGUUUGCUCUUUAUGGAGACUUCAGCUAAGACUGCAAUGAAUGUUAAUGAGAUUUUUAUGGCUAUAGCCAAGAAGCUGCCCAAGAGUGAACCACAGGGUGGGCCCAGUGCUGGAGGACGGGGAAGAGUUGGCGUGGACCUGCAGGAAGCUGCUCCACAGGGUAGAAGUGGCCAGUGCUGUGGGGGCGGGAACUAACUAAAUCAAUAAAGUCAGCUGAUCCAACCAGUCUACAACUUUGAUCAACUCGACCAGAAAUUAGCCAGCUGUUAAUGUCCCAUUGGUCAAAUCAAACCAUGGCCAAACCAGCUACCCUACAAGACAAACGGCACCAAUUAACUAUUUGGAAAAUGAGUUCACUGGCCAGACCCAGUACUGGUUCCAACUGAUGAACCAAGAAGUCAACUCACAGGCUUAUUUAUAGAAUCAUGUUUUAUUCCCCGGACUUGUAAUCCUUGACUUCUCUAUUGAUGAUGGACACUUGACAUCACUCUAGGGCGGAAAAAUGUCUAAACGAUGGAAAAAGAAAAAAUCACUUAUUCGCAACAGCAUUUAAUGGACCCAAUUACUCUUUGUUUCUGUAUUUGUGUAGAGGGGAAAAGUAAUAAUAAUGCAUCAGGAAGAAAUAGAAUGAGGCUCAUAAGCCCUGUCCUUUCUCUUCUGUCCACUGUUUUCCCAUGCACCAAUAAUAAAGUAUUCACAUCAUGGUCUCAUGACAAAGCCCAAUUCUGUCAUUUUUCUUGCCAGCUUCCUGGAAAAGAUAAAGACAUAUAGUUUGUAUCAAGAGAACGAGAGUGGGCAGAAACCUCCCUCUUUAAUAGAGCUGUGUAGAUUGAAUUAUUACAUUAUUGUUAUCAAUUUUCUUAUUACCCGUUUUCACUGUUCAGUAUGAUUUCCAAGCCAACACUUACUGUAAGGUUUUACAACCUGUACCAAUGUUUUCAAACCAUAUGCAGUAAGUAGGACUUUAUUAACACUGUCACCCAUAGGUAAUCUUAGCAUUAAUAUUUUUGAAUCAUCAGUGUAAAAUGACAAAUACAAAAAGCAAGAUUUGUUUUCCUGACCAAAAUAUCAACUGUAUAUUGAAAACAUUUUGCUGUAUUUGUAUCAGAAUUUUCAAGUUUAUAAUCAGUCAGUAGCUAUUGUCAAAAUAAUAUCUUCCCAAUCUCUAUAUGUUUUGUCAACUUUAAUUAUGAUGUGGUGUUUUUUAUGUCUCAUUUUUUUCUGAAGCUCUAUGCUAUUAAAUGCACUGGUUCUGUCUCAUCUUUGUUAAUUGUAGGUUAAGCUUCCUGUUUUUUUUUUUCCUCUCCUCCUCUCAUUUCAUUCUUCAUAUCAGGAAGGGAUUUGUGUCGGCAGUGUUGUCAACUUGUUAUUGCAUCAACAAUAACUUGGACAGUGUGUGAACAGCAGCUAAUGCUGUUAAGUCAAGUAGAGAAGGUAAAGAUGUAAAAUAAAAAAAAAAUAAACAAGGGAAAGGUGUUUUUUUCUGCA